AUGACCAGGAUGUGGAGUCCAUGGAUUAAAGAAAUGGAAAGGCCAGUGCUGUUGGGAGCAGGGAACAGCACGGCUGUCCAAGAGUUCGUUUUGGAGGGCUUCCCUGCCGUCCAGCACCUGGGGAAGGUCCUCUUCCUGCUGCACCUGCUCGCCUACCUGGCAUCUGUCACAGGAAACUCCCUCAUCAUCACCAUUACCUGGGCUGACCAGCGCCUACACACACCUAUGUACUUCUUCCUCAGCACUUUCUCCUUCUGUGAAUGUGGUUUCAUCACCUCAGUUAUUCCUAAGCUGCUAUCAAUCUUUCUGUCAGGGAGGCAAACUAUUUCCUUUGCUGCUUGCUUCACACAAGCAUUUGUUUUUCUUUUCCUGGGUGCAACUAUUUUCUUCCUGAUGGCUUUGCUGUCCUUGGAUCGGUACCUGGCCAUCUGUAAACCUCUACACUACCACAUUAUCAUGAACCCAAGGGUGUGUUUCCUACUGGUCACUGCCUGCUUCUCGUUGGGAGUUUUCCUCAUGGUGGUUCCAGUUAUAAAGCUGUCCCAAUUGUCCUUCUGUGGCCCCAAUGUCAUCUCUCACUUCUUCUGUGAUCUUGGACUCUUGGCAAAUCUCUCCUGUUCUGAAACCAGAUCUAUUGAAACAUUGUUCUUCAAGCUUGUCUUUUUUCUCCUUUUUGCAUCAGUUCUUAUAACUGUCAUUGCCUACAGCAACAUAGUGGUCACAAUCAUGCGUCUCCCAUCAGCCAAGGAGCGGCAGAAAGCCUUCUCCACCUGCUCCGCUCACCUUGCUGUCCUCUCGCUGAUGUAUGGCAGCUGUGUCUUCAUCUAUGUGAAACCAAAGCAAACAAGCAGACUAGACUCCAAUAGAGAGGCUGCCCUGGUGAACACAGUGGUGACUCCAUUGCUAAACCCUGUCAUCUACACCCUGCGCAACAAGCAGGUCCACCAGGCACUGAGGUUUGCUCUAUCCAGAGUUAUGUUGCAGAAAUAG